CGGAAGUGAUUUUCUGCUCUUCUCAGAGAUCGCAUUACAAGCAAGCUAGCUGUCACAGUUUAUCCUUCCAUUUCGUCGCUAAAGUUAGGUUUUAUUUCACAUUAAGAAUGUCAGAAAGAAAAGUUUUAAACAAAUACUACCCGCCAGACUUCGACCCGGCUAAAAUACCCAAACUCAAGCUCCCUAAAGACAGGCAGUAUGUGGUCCGGCUGAUGGCUCCCUUCAAUAUGAGGUGUAAGACUUGUGGGGAGUACAUUUACAAGGGGAAGAAGUUCAACGCCCGUAAGGAGACUGUGAUGAAUGAGCUCUACAUGGGACUGCCCAUCUUCCGCUUCUACAUCAAGUGUACACGAUGCCUGGCCGAGAUCACCUUUAAGACUGAUCCGGAGAACACAGACUAUGCCAUGGAACACGGUGCCACAAGGAACUUCCAGGCGGAGAAACUUCUAGAGGAGGAGGAGAAGAAGAUAACUAAGGACAGAGAGGAGGAAGAGUUGAACAACCCUAUGAAGGUGUUGGAGAACCGUACGCGGGACUCUAAGAUGGAGAUGGAGGUUCUGGAGAAUCUUCAGGAGCUCAAGGAGUUGAACCAGAGACAGGCUUCGGUGGACUUCGAAGGAAUGCUGGGAACAUACAAAGAGCUGGAGCAGAGGACCAAAGAGCAGGAGAAGGAGGAGGACGAGAGGGAGACACGGGAGAUGCUAGAGAGAGCUCUAGUGAAGAGGUUAAGAGACUCCGACUCUGACUCAGACCAGGACGGCGAGAGCAGCAGCAGACCAAAGAAACCCAGCACAGACAGACCUACUGACAUCCUCACCACAGACAGACUCACUGACCCACAGGGCCUGUCAGUGGGGGGGGUGAAGAAGGCCAAGGUGGAGAGCUGGGAGAGAAGUGUGGGGGGGCUGGGAGGUGGAGGGGCACUGGGAUCACUGGUGGUGAGAAAGAAACCAGCGACCUCUGUCCCUAAACCUGAUACCAUAGUAACUCCUGCAGGCUCUAACACACAGACAGUUUCAAAGGCAGCUGCUAUUGUACCGACGGCGGCUACUAAGCCAAUCACAGCACAGAAUGGGUCGUCGUCGCUCAGCCUCCUGGGGGCGUAUUCCGACAGUGAUGACAGCAACAACAGUGAAUGAGAGAGAGGCUGGCGACGCUUUGGCUAAUCAAAAGGCUCAGUCUGUCUGAACUUUGUGAUAUGGAAAUGUGUUGAUAUGAUGUUGGGCCAUUCACCUGUUCCACACAACCCAAAACGGUUUGGGAUUUUCAAGAUCACAACACAAGGAUGGUUAUUAGGUGUAACAAAGGGGUAAGCAAUUUGAUUCCUGUGAUGAUUUAAAACUGCUGUAGUUGUUUUGGAGUCAAUAGUUAGCGGCCUGAAUUUUAUCAUCCUGCUUUGUGACCCUUACCCCCAAUGUAAUUAGUUUUCACCUGUGAUUUUAGAAAAUAUAUUUUGAAAUGUUCAUCUACCAACUACCCUCCAACUUUGUAAAGGUGUAAGUCAUGUUUUGACUUUUCAUUAAAUACUUAUUUUCUUUUGUGCCCUACCCAAUCUGAAUACAAUGUCUGACUUUUCUGGAGUCAUUAAAAUGUACUUUAGGUCCUA